GCUGCUCAUCGGGUGCUUCUCGGGCUUGCCGACCGACCCAAGUGCGAUUCUGCCCUCAGCCCCGUCUCGCCCGCCAACACCAUGUCCAGAGCCACCACCGCCCUUGUCAACUUUCUGAUCUUCUCGCUGAUCUGGAGCGCCGCCCUCUUCCACGACCGCCUGUCGCCCGGGCUGGCGGUCCCGUACUGGUUUGACCAAGUCGUUGCGGCAUUCCCCCUCUGGCUGCUGGUCACGUUUGGCAGCUACUCGCUCGCCAACAUUGGAUGGGCUCUCGUUACCUUCGGCGACUGUCCCGACGCCCACAAGAGUCUGCUCCAGGAAAUUCAAGCUGCCAAAUCGGACCUGAGAGGCCGUGGCGUCAGCGUCGGCAACUGAUCCGUGCAUCAUCCACUCGACAACCCGGUCGAUCGCCAUCCCAGAGCUGCCUUCUUGCGACCCACGACAACAGUCUGUAGCGGCACCGUUGAAUACAGUCUCUGAAAUUUA